AUGGCUCAACUGCGGAACCACCUAGCCGAUCCGUCCCUCAGGAUGUUGUUGCCCCAACUCCAGCUGCAAACCUUCCAGGACGACAUCAAUGAAGCAUGCAAAGUAACAGAGGAACUGGAGUCACAAAUCGAAAACCUUUUGGGACCUGGAAGUCAGAACCUGAGAGGAAUAAAACGGCUUUGGCGUGAUGUCGUCUCAAUGACGAGAGAGGCAGAGUUUGUCAGGAAAUUCGAGACAAUUCAGCGGUACAAUGAGCAGAUCCACCGUCGACUCUCUGGUGUGCAGCUCGCUCUCUCCACUAGGAACUUGGAAACGACUGUGACCAUCGGAACGAGAGUCAAUGAAAACACAAGCGUGCUGGACGAGAUCAAGAACAAGGUCCAUGAGCUAAACAACAGAAGCACCGAUGUCGAUGUCGAUGUGAAUGUGCAUGGUUCUACGAUCAUCGGAGCUCGGCAAACACGAACCAGCCCGGCCAUAAAUCGAGUUGAAUUGGAGGUGCGACUGGAGCCCGCCACGGUCAGAGACGACCUACAGAGCGAACUGAUACUACUGAUGACUGACCAAGGUCCGUAUGCCAACGCCUCCAAUACGAUCCUCCCUAUUUCAUCACGCCUUUCUCAUGAAGACAGAGCGCGCAUAGCUAGCAUGCUGAUCUCUCAGCUUCAGAAUCCUGACGUCCCGCCGUGUGCCGGCAACUUUGCAGUGGCGAAACGAUCCUUUGAUCAUUACCCUGCCUUGAACUCACCCAUCCGUGGCUACAAAUCUAAUACUUUCAAGGCCGAGAGGGCAUUCAGAGAUGGCCCAUUUUCUUUUGGCUAUAGCUAUCAGAACCAGGGUGGACAUCACGCCUCUUGCCCCUGUCGCUACGAGAACCAGAAGCAACAUUACGCCUCUUGUCCCCAUAAUGAACAGCAGUCUCCUGGUGCGGCUCGCUACAGCUUGGGGUACCGAGUCCGUCACUAA